AUGUCCAGUCCACAACUGAACAACGAGAAGAAAAUAAAAAGGAAGCAAUUCACACCUGAUGAGGAUUAUAUUAUUAUUGAGAAAGUUAGGCAAUUUGGAUACAGAUGGCCAAUAAUUGCAAAAUUUUUAGAUGGAAGAAAUUCAAGACAAGUAAGAGAUAGAUACACUAAUUAUUUGAACCCAGGGAUCAAUAAAAAACAAUGGACAGAAAAAGAAGAUAAUACAUUAAAACAUCUUGUUUUAAAAUAUGGAUGUAAAUGGAAAACAAUAUCUCUUAUAAUGGGUGAGAGAUCAGAAGUUAAUGUUAGGAAUAGAUACCGCCUUUUGAUGCGACAUAAAGCACUAUUGAUCAACCACGAAAUUCGAUCAUCAAAAAUUAAAAAUGAUGAUGAAAAAGAAUCUGAAAAGAAAGAAGAUAGUAACAGUGAAGAUAAUUCAUUUGAUACUGAUAUAUGUUUUGAUUUUAAUGAAUUUUUUACUGUAGAUUUCUUUUAA